UGUAUUGGCAUUUUGCAACACCAGGUAUUGCGAUAUUCAAUUGUGGUGGUCGGCCAAUAGAUUGUGGUGGUCAAAAGCAAAGCAAAGAGUACACAUAAAACGAAAACGGAGAUGUUAAAAAUAAAAUAGAGAAAACGGAAACAGUAAUUUAAAUUACGAGUGGUAAUCAAGUGAAUAAAGCAUAGUUAUAGUCCAUACCUAUUUUGGCUUACUGAAUAACAAGAGCAACAAUAAUCAACUACGCACCGACAACGACAGCGACACCAACACCAAAACCAACACCUAGAAGAACCCAACACCGACACUGACACCGACGACCAACGUACGAUUAACGCCCUCCCUCCCUCUACGCUCCGCACACUUUUUGGCACCCGCACACACACACACACACACACACUUCUCUAUACACACAAUCAUCAUAAUCAACAUUAUCAUCAUCAUCAUUAUCAUCAACAGCAGCAGCAGUAGCACACAGGCAAAGGCACACGGCACACAAACACUAUCAAACUUAUCUAUACACCGCAUUUAUCAACGCCGCCCGUCGCUGUCGCUGUCGCCGUCGCCGCUGCUGACCCGACCCCUAGCCCGAGCCCGACGCUCCUCCUUCCCACCCUCGCAUUCGUAACAUCAACUUUGUUUGCUAUUGUUGUCUGCUGCUGCUGCCUGUCAUUUGUUUUGUUUCCUUAAAUGUGAACGCACACACACACACACAGACACACACACACACGCACGCACACGCAUACAAACACAAGACACACUCACACACCGCGAGCAACAUACGAAGGAGCGAACAAAGAACAACUCUAGCAAGAAAAAAGAUUCUAACAAGAAGAAAUAGACAACAAACCAACAGAGUGACGAAGAGACUCGAUUGAGCAAGAAGUGCAAUUGGAAAUUGAGAGAUUGUGCGAUUGUGAGAUUGUGAGAUUACGAGAUUAAGUUAAAGAGCGCGAGUGAAAAAGUGCAAGCAAUAAAAAAAUAAAUAUAUUAAAGAGAUCAGUGAUCACAGGGGUGCUGGUGCUGGGCCAGGGCAGGAGGGGGGCAGACAAAGAGAGAGCGAGAACGAGAGAGAGUGAGAGUGAGAGAGGCCGUGUGAGAAAGCGAUUCAAACUCUAUGGGUCAAAAGGCAAGCACACCAGCGACAAGCGGCCAGCAGAGCCCACGCUCCAGAACAUUCUCCAGCAGCUCAACGGGAGCAACAGCAACGGACACAUCGCCAGGCAACUCAGCGGUGGGUAACCGCAGUGGAGAUGCCGCUCAAGGAUUCAAUUUGCUGCGCACAUUGCCGGGUCUACAAGUCUAUCAUCAUCAUCAUAGUCAGCAGAACUCCACGUCCAUAGAUAGACAGCGGGCGCGCAGUCUUAGCUCUGUUCCGGACAUCCAACAACAACAACAGCAGCAACAGCAACAACAACAGCAGCAGCAGCAACAACAACAACAGGGAUCGACAACGUAUCCACACACACAUCCCGCCGUCUCAGUCUCUGUGUCAGCGAAUUCAAAUAGCAAUAGCUUCCAAGCAGCUGCCGCCAACAACAACAGCUCAUCGGCAGCCGCCCAAAGCUACAUGCAACAGCGACGUGCUCUUGGCGAUUCCAUACGCGACAUGUCAAUGACUGGCGCCAACAUCGUGGAGAGCAUCGCACUUGCCGCGUCGGCAACGUCGGCGAAUGGCAUUGGUCGUGUUUAUACAGCGACAUCGCUUCCAUCGCACAUUUGGUCCUUUAAUGGUAUCAAGUGUCCCGUGUGCAAUAAGUUCGUGUUGCCAGACGAUAUUGAAUGCCAUUUAGUUAUGUGCCUAACAAAACCACGACUCUCAUAUAACGAGGACACAUUGUUGGACGCCAAAGGUGAGUGCGUCAUUUGCCUUGAAGACUUGAGUCCAGGUGACACAAUUGCUCGUUUGCCAUGUUUAUGCAUCUACCACAAAGGCUGCAUUGAUCGUUGGUUUGAGGUGAAUCGCUCCUGUCCCGAGCAUCCAGGAGAUUAGUAAAAAUCUCAUUAGGCUAGCAAAGGAAAGUCCAUUGAAAUGAAAUGAUUGAAACAGAAGGGCAGUUAUUGAAACGGGUAUGAAAGAGAGAUGGAGUAAAUAGAGCAUAGAUCAUGGAGGAGGAGAGGCUACCACAACCCGAACUUGGAUCGAGAGAGAAAUUCGAUCGUUUGACCUACCGACUGUUGAUGCUAUCCCAAACAAACAAACAAACACACACAAAUCAAUUGAAACAAAUUAACUAAUUAAUUAAACAAAACAAAACAAGAAGCAUAAGAAAAAAGAAAUAUGAUUAACGAAACCAACCAACCCACAAAAUAACAAAAAAAAAAAGGAAAACAACAAAGUAGAAGAGUUGAAUGAUGAUGAUGAAAAUGUUAGAAGUUAGAAACGAUGAUGAUGAUCAUGAAAAAUGAAUGUAAAGCGAAGCAACCAACCAACCAACAAAAGAAUGUCAACCAAUGUGAUGUUAAAUUUUAUAUUUUGUACUAUGGAUAUGAUGUAAUGAUGUAAUUGUAAUGUAAUG